UGUGUGAGAGAGUGAGUCGGGGGCGCGCAAGCGUGUGUGAGAGAGUGAGUCGGGGGCGCGCAAGCGUGUGUGAGAGAGUGAGUCGGGGGCGCGAAUGUGCUGUGUGCGGCCGUUGGUAGCGGGAGAGACGGUCGGUGCGCAGCGGAGGAGGCAGCGCUGCUCCCGGGGAGGAUUCUCUCGCCUUUAGCUGCGGUACUGCGGGACUGCCCCACGCUGCUCGGCCCGGCUCGGAUGCCACUAAGUGCCGGUGCACAAAGGGGGGCUCGGUGCCGGUAACCGGAGCCUGUGGUACGGAAGCCGUGAGGGCUAACGGGGACCCCGCCAUUCAUACGGAAUCACUCCGCCGGGGAGGAGGAAAGGGGGAACAAUGAGUGAGCAGAGCAUCUGCCAAGCCAGAGCGGCCGUCAUGGUUUACGACGAUGCCAACAAGAAGUGGGUACCGGCCGGCGGCUCGACGGGAUUCAGCAGAGUUCAUAUUUACCAUCACACAGGGAAUAACACGUUCAGGGUCGUGGGCAGGAAGAUUCAGGAUCACCAGGUGGUGAUAAACUGUGCCAUCCCCAAAGGCCUGAAAUAUAACCAAGCCACCCAGACCUUCCACCAGUGGCGAGAUGCCCGGCAAGUCUACGGCCUCAACUUCGGAAGUAAGGAGGAUGCCAAUGUGUUUGCAAGUGCCAUGAUGCAUGCCUUAGAGGUGCUGAACUCCCAGGAAUCCGGUCCAACACUGUCUCGGCAGAACUCCCAUAUACCUAUUCAAGUACAGAAUGGCCCCUCCCAGGAGGAACUGGAGAUUCAGAGAAGACAGCUGCAAGAGCAGCAGCGCCAGAAAGAGAUGGAACGCGAGAGGCUGGAAAGGGAACGGCUGGAACGUGAGCGACUGGAGCGCGAACGGAUGGAACGAGAGAGGCUGGAAAGGGAAAGGCAAGAAAGGGAAAGACUGGAGAGGGAGAGACUUGAACGAGAGCGCUUAGAGCAAGAGCAACUGGAGCAGGAACGGCAGGAAAGGGAGCGUCAAGAACAGCUGGAGCGAGAGCUCCAAGAGCAAGAGAGACUUGAACAAGAGAGACAAGAGAGAGAGGCCCAGGAAGAGCUGGAGAAGGAGCAGCUGGAAUGGGAAAGGGAGCGGAGAGUGUCCAAUGCAGACCCCCCGUUCGACAGCUCACUGUAUAACACUCAACAUGUUGAUUUUUCCAGCUGCCCGCCUCAUGCACCCUCUCCCAUAACUUACGCUAAAGCCAUUUCCGUUCCGGUCUCGUCUAUUUGUAGCGAGUCCAUUGCUGACUAUGUAAUAGCAACCUCUGCCUCCAUUAACUCUACUCCGCCAACACCACCGCUGCGCCACUCGGCAUCACGUUUUGCAACCUCUUUGGGCUCCGCCUUUCAUCCUGUUCAGCCCCAUUACGCCACCGUUCCCCGACCCGUUAAUAAAAUCUCCCGACCUCCUUCUCCGGUGAAUGCUGCUCCGCCUCCACCGCCUCCACCUCCUCCUCCCGUGAAGCCCAUAUCAUGGUCGGCUUCUAACUUUGCCCCCCUUCCUCCUUCUCCUCCGGUGAUGAUUAGUAGUCCUCCGGGCAAAGCGACCGGCCCCAGACCCGUCCAUCUAGUCUCCGCUCCCAGCCAGCUGGCCCAAAUGGCUCUCAUAUCUUGUGCACCCAAUGGGCACGCAGACUGCUCUGGUUACCAAGUGCCGCCGCCUCCGCCCCCAUUGCCGCCAUUCCCACCAUUUUCAUUGUCCUCAUCUCCUUCCCCGAGCACCCCUGUUGUCUCAGCACCUUCAUCCCAGCCUAGUGUUCUCCCUUCUCCCUCUGCAGCUUCCCCUGCCUCUGUUGAGAAUUCUGUAAGUUCUGUGCUGGGAGACUUCUCUGCUUCUCAGCCAGACCUGCCUACACCUUCUCAGCUGACUGACCCUACGGCCCAUCCGGGUGUAAUACCCGGGCCCCCGGCACCUCCUCCCCCACCGCCUCUUCCUCCUGGUUCCAAUUUGUCUCCGGUAUCUGCCCCCCCAGCUCCACCUCUGCCCCCUCCACUUCCACCUUCGUGCCCAGCCCCACCUCCACCCCCUGGGCCGCCACCUCCACCUGGACCUCCGCCGCAGCUACUCAGCCAAGCUCCUCCUCCGGCUCCUCCUCCUCCGCCAGCACCUCCUCUUCCAUCCUCUGCAGCUUCCUUUGGAUCAGAAGAGAAUCGUCCUUUAUCCGGAUUGGCUGCUGCUCUUGCAGGAGCCAAACUUCGAAAAGUGUCUCGGAAUGAAGAUUCCUCCCCUCAGGGGGCUGUAAGUGCCACUGGAACCAGCUCCGCUGCUGCUGCUGCUGCUGCUAAACCAGAACCGAGCCGUGGGAAUGGGCCGCUCCCAAUGGGAGGUGGGGGGCUGAUGGAGGAGAUGAGUGCCCUGCUAGCCAGAAGGAGGCGAAUAGCAGAAAAAGUACCAACAGUAGAAGCUGAUCCAAAGGAAGACAAAGCUGAGGAAGCACCUGAGUCUGUACCUAGCAAGGCCCCCUCGGCCAGCACUCCCGAACCAACUAGGAAACCUUGGGAAAGGACGAACACAAUAAAUGGCAGCAAGUCGCCGGUUAUCUCUAGACCAAAGUCUACACCAUCUGGGCAGCCAAGUGCCAAUGGAGUACAGUCAGAAACAUUAGACUAUGACAGAUUGAAGCAGGAUAUAUUAGAAGAAAUGAGAAAAGAACUAACAAAACUUAAAGAAGAACUUAUUGAUGCCAUAAGACAAGAACUUGGGAAAUCAAACAACGCAUAGAGAAACCAAUGAGGGAGGAGAUCUGUUCCCUUGUCCUGGAUAGAAGAAAUGCUUCACGUUUCCUACAGAGAUUCACAGAGGUCCUGCACCUGGGGAGCCGCACACCAACACCCACCCGAGACUUCUCUUGGGAUGUACGAGAUUUGACACUUGGGGGGUUUCUGCUAUUUCCCUGAGCUUCGAGAGCCGCGGGGAAACCGUCUUAAAGUCACAGUCACCAUUAUGCAGAAACGGUGAUUUUUUUCCUUUCAAAAGGGGGCGAGAAAAAAAGAAAAAAUCAUGUUAUUGCACAUAAAUUCAACAACAACGACAAAAAAAAUAUCAUUUUAAAAUGAGAGGAGUGCGGGGGUCAUUAUGUAAAGACUGAGGAAGUCCUAGCGGUUUGUGCUGCAAGUGUAACUCAGGUUCGUCUUCCUAUAUUUGAUAUUUCCAUAAGGAACUGGUGUCGCUGUAUUGGGAACAUUCAAGAGUGAACACAGGGCAAUAUUUGGGAGAAAAGGAUCUCGUUAGGAGUCGAUUUUAUUUUUAUUUUUUUUCCUUUGAUCUGACUGGAUGCCUUUUUUUUUUGUAGAAUAAUUUAAAACGACAAAAAAAAAAAAAUCUCAAUGAUCUGACGAUAUAAAUGCCUUUCUGAAUCGCUACGAUGCUUUACCAAAUCCAACACAGCUAUAUAAUAGAGAUCUGUAACCUUUCCUACAGCGCCCCCCCGUGCUACGUCUAGGAACGUGCCCAUAUAUAUAUAUAUAAAUAUAGAGAGAUUAUAGAUACAUUACUUUCCCUUUGUUUUGCAUGGGAACAUUUAGAUUCAGAAGCUGAUAAGGAUCCGUUUCUGAUUGGCACUGCAUGGCACAUUGACCUUUUUCCAAUUGGCUGUUCCUUUAGAGAGGCGUAGGCCCAGCCAUACACGUACAUUGGGUUCCACGGCGGUGGAAGGGAGGACGCUUCUCUCAAAUCUUGCGCUUUGGCAUCAUGGGAAACGACGUGUCGUGAUGGGGAUAUCGAAGGGUUAAACACCUUCAUCAACCAGACUUGUAGAAUUCAGUCAUUCCCUUCCCUUUCUGCUAUUCGCCAUCCCAUUGCUUUCACGUUUGUCAUCGGGAAUAAGGGUUGGUUACGUGCACAUGUCUGGCCAUAGAUAAAUGAUUCGCUGUCUCUUUAAGAGGCGGCCAUUUUGGCUUACAGUAUAGGAGGAUUAUUAAGCCCUAUUUUGUUAUAUAAAGCUGUUUGAGAGACCUUCGCAAUAGCUCGGCAAAUGGGUUUUUAUUUUUUAUUGUUAAUCGGAUUAGUGCCAUAUAGACGAGGGCAAGAUGCCCCCCCCAGUAAGUGCUGGUCGGCAGCGCCCAACGUACCCCUACUGACCCACAUGCCGGCGUAGGAAAGGGUUAGAAGGAACCGUAUCCAGGCUGUGGCGCUAUUAGGCCGGCUUGGGACGUACUCGCUUCCCAUAGGGAAUAAGGGAAGCGCCAUCUUGUCUGUAACUGCUGAAACAAAGUCCCGUUGAGAAUGUAGCCAUGUGUAAAGAGAUGAGUUUCUGUCUCUCCGGAGACUGAGCCUAUGGGAGAGCGACGAGGAGCAGUCUCGGGAAUGAGAGCGCUUUAUGCACUAAACGUUUCGUGCCUUGGUCUCAAACCAACAUGAUUUCAAUUUGAAACUUAUCAAAUGUUUUCAUAUUGUCGUCACCAUUUGCCCAUUUUUUCCCCUAAUUCCCUUCUGUUUCCCCGCACGCCGGGAUUACGGAUGCACGAUUGCAAAUUAUUAGCCAGAGAUUUCAGUCAUUCGAGCUACGGAGGCGAAAGGUUUAUUUUACCUUUAACGUCAAACUAGGAAAGUCCCGGAACCCCUCCCCCUGACCCCGCCCCCCAUGUUCCUAUUGGUCUCCUCUUGUGUGUCGGGAUCCGUGUAAGCGGCAAACGGGUAGAGAGAUUCCUCCCAAGGAAGCCGCGGCUUCUCAACACUGUGACCUGAGCUGUGAUGUCCAUUGGUACGCACGCGGUUAGGGAACCAAUCACAAUGAAUGUACAAACCUUAGCGCUGGUGCUGAAAUCUCCAAUCAUUUUCAUUGUCUUUCACGGUCAUUUUUUGUCUCCCAUUUUUUUUUUUCCCGCUUUCUUUGGAACACUAAUCGAUCUCGCCUGUUUCGUGCUUCAGAUUUUCCACUUUUAGUUGUUUUUUUUCCAAGUCAUCUCUGCUGCUUUGUUUUUGUUUUUUUUUACCAUUGUUUCAUUUUAAAUUUACUACAUGCUGUUUUGUUUGCGCAAAUUAAAUAAAAUUGCAAUAUACGUGUCGCCACUA